CAUGCGCACGAGUGAGACCGGAACUACAUUCAAAAUGGCGGACGAGGAGGACGAAGAAGAAGUCUGCGAUAGUUGGGAAGAUAUGGCAGAUUCAGGGGAACUUGAAAGACGGAUGGAGGAGAGGAACAAAUUACAAAUGAAAAAAGAAGAAAAAUCCAAGAAAGCUGAAGUCCAAGCAAAUGGGCCAGUGUUGGUUCAAGAGGAUACCACCAGGACACAAUAUAAACCUCAGCUGAGAAUUCUGAAAAGACCAGAUUCAGGUAAAGACUCAAGAGCAGAAUCUGCAGCUCAGGACAAAACAGACAAACCUGUCAUCAAAUCAUUAGCAGAGAGACAAGCACAAUAUGCUGAAGCAAGAGCAAGAAUCCUUGGAUCAGCUUGUGAUGGUAGUGAAGAUUCAGACAGCGCUACAUGUAUCUCGGCUCCAGAUGAACAGUUUGAAGGAGCAGCGCCACCCUGGACACUGCAAGCAUCGGUAGAUAAGAUCAAACUCCCAGAUAACGUGAUUCGCCAACCUUUUGGACCUGACGGAACCAUUGGUUUCCAUAGCAGAAGAUGACUAGAACCUUAGCAAAAUAUUCAACAAGCAUUAACAACACAUGAUCGUAUAGUACGUAAAUAGAACAGGCCGUAUGAAAUAUUACAUUCUGACGUUACUCGUUCUUCAGUCAGAAAGAUACCAGGUUAUUUUCAUCGUACUCGUAUAGACAUGCCGCCCCAGUGCGAAAAUUUAAGUUGGUGUUAUGCUUGCACGGUUCUUGUCAGUCAUUAUCUGUGAGAUACGUUAUCUGCAUUUCUGGAGUAGGGUUUGGAAGUGAAGGGCUUGGAUAUUUCCCGAAUGAAGAAGGCUUAAGAUUGUCGAUGUAUUUGGCAUAAUAUCAUCUGGUCCGUGUGUAAUCAUGGGACAACAUUGCUAUUGAUAUUAGCUGUUGUGAUGCCGAUAUGAUUCGAGCACCAUUCAAUGGUGUUGGACCGUCUGGCACAGGUAAAAAAGCAACGGCUCUUGUUUCAACUACAAGGAGCGCCAAAGCUUUAGUGAGAGGACCCUCCUCGUGAGGGUCUGCCUAUAGCAACUAUCUGAGUAACCAAGUACUGCGAAAAGUGAACUAGCAGUGGCUCUAAGAAACUGAUUUAUGUCUAACAGAGGAGAAAUGCUAAGAAAGGUACUGACAAGUUAGCUAAUAGGUCUGGAAAAAAAGGUUUGUCUUACACCCCUUGUGACGUCCUACCAUCGUUCUACCUCGGUUAUAUCGUCUAUUUUCUAGAUCGGUUCAGCACUACUGUAGAUGCCAGUUGGGUAAUUGGAGUUUUACUUUUUUAUUUAUUUGAUUUUUUCCCGUGUGUUGAACCUCUUACUACCUAGUUUUGUAUUAGCCAUUCCGUGGCUAAGGAAAUAGACUAGGUCGAGUUGGCAUUGAAUUGCAUCGUGGGACUGUUUUAGGGACAUAUUUCCAAUAUGGCGACUAUUUCGUCCCCUAGAACAGUUUCACACACACUACACUCCAAUGCAAACCCGACCCAGUUUUUUUCCUUAACCUCUGAAUGGCUAAUUGAUAUUGAGUUAUAUAACAAAAUUGAUUAGUCAAAAAGAGUUCACGAGUUAAAUAAAAAAAGCGCUAUGGCUGAUUACAUUUAUCCACUAAUAAAUAGUAAUCAAUCUAAUAGACAUACACUAGUAUUAGUACACUAA